AUGACUAGACUAUUUGUGAUUGGUGCCACUGGAUACAUAGGGGGAUCGGUUUUGAGCUACAUCCUCAAAGCUUUCGCUGACUUCGAAAUCACAGCUUUAGUGAGAACCAAAGAGAAAGCUGAUUUACUCAAAACCGCAACAAAUGGUCGUAUAACCACAAUUCUAGGGGGUCUUGAUGACCUUGAUUUAAUUGAAGAUGCUACAAAAAAUGCAGACAUCAUCAUCAAUGCCGCCUCAAACAAUCACAUACCUAGCCUGCAGGCCAUUAAAAAGGCUCUUGCUUCCAAAAAAUCGUCUACCUUGUUUAUUCACACAUCUGGGGCAGGCGUUCUUGCUGACUCUACUGAUCCUGCCCACUACAAUCCAUCUAAGGUGUACUCCGAUGUCAAAGAUAUUGAUGAAAUUAAUUCAUUGCCAGAUUCUCAGCCACACCGUCCGGCCGAUAAGCUAGUUCAAACAAUUCAGGACUCAAACCCAGACUACAUCAAGACAGCCAUUGUGUCUCCUCCGACAAUUUUCGGAAUUGGAUCUGGAUUCGACAACAAGACCUCCGUUCAAAUUCCAUACUUGGUGAAGUCAGUAGUGAAGGUGGGCCAUAACUUCACGGUUUACGAAGGAAACACGGCUUGGAGCCAUAUUCACAUCGAUGACGUGGCAGCGCUGUACACUUUGAUUGUACAGAAGUUUGUUGCAAACGAGUCGUUUCCUUCAGGGUAUAAGGGGUACUAUUUUGCUGCCGACGGAACGCCACAUGUUUGGAAGGAUGUGUCAGUAGCCGUUUCUAAAUCGUUGGUGGCCAAGAAACUGUUAUCCGAUCGAAGAAUCGACCAGUUAUCUCCUGAAGAGGUGGAGAAGCAAUUUGGCUUACCUGCACUGUUCUGGGGCUCUAAUGUGAAGACUAUUCCCGAUCUUGGAAAGUCCAUUGGCUGGAAACCUACAAAGUCGUCGGACAGCGAGUUUUGGGCCGAUAUUGAUGUUGAAAUUGAAUAUUUGCAAAAGCAUGGCCUUUUGCAUGAAGAACUUUUAUCACACUGA